GUGGCAGUAAGCAGCUUCAGUUCAGACAGAGUUCACAGCGCACCUCCGUUGGUCCGCUCCGCUGUCUAGCUAGUCUAGUCUGAAGUACUUGCAGUAGCGGAAAACUGUAUUGAUUAUCACAAAUUCGAUAAUUUCAUUACGAAAUGGAACCGAAUCCUGUGAUUAUUGCAGCAACUGCAAAACAGACAGCAUCCCUUAUUUUUUUACACGGACUUGGUGAUACUGGCCAUGGAUGGGCGAGCACGAUCGCCGCAAUAAGGGGGCCUCACGUAAAAGUAAUUUGCCCGACGGCUGCCACAAUUCCAGUGACGCUGAACGCUGGAUUCCGGAUGCCGUCGUGGUUCGACCUGCGGACGCUGGACGCAACUGCCCCAGAAGAUGAAGAUGGAAUCAUGAGGGCUACAGGCCUAAUUCAUGGUUUGAUUUCGGAUGAGAUUAAAGCUGGCAUUCCUGCAAACAGGGUGCUACUUGGUGGAUUCUCCCAAGGUGGAGCUUUAGCUUUACAUUCCGCCCUGACUUACCCUGAACCACUAGCCGGAGUGAUCUCCCUGUCUUGCUGGCUUCCGAGGCAUGCUCACUUCCCUGAUGCAGUCAAGGCUCCUUUGGACUUACCGAUAUUCCAAGCCCACGGAGACUGCGACCCAGUAGUCCCCUUCAAGUGGGGUCAAAUGACCGCCUCCUUCCUCAAGACCUUCAUGAAGAACAUCGAGUUCACCACAUAUCAGGGACUGACACACUCGUCAUCAGAGGCCGAGCUUAAAGACAUGCGGGCAUUCAUUGAAAGGACGAUACCUGCCUCUAAAUAAACAAUACUAAGUAUACUAUUUUCCGAAGCAUUGGCUUCAAGAAAGUUAAUUAUUUUUGUCCUUAUGAAAUAAAAUUUACCCACAAAAAUGAAAUAGCAUGUAACCAGAUGUAUUAGCAGUCAUAAAUAAAUCCAGUAAUCGAGAUCCAAUUGGUCUAAACGAAGCCCGGCGAUCUUCGACACGACUUACCAAAUAUAUUAUAUCUAUGAGUACUAGUAAUUAGAAAUCUUUAAGUUACGUGAAGUUAGUACAAAAUAAAGUUCAAGGAUUACAUUCUA